GUCGCGCUACUACUUGCUAUUCGUCAUUCGUUCAAACUGCAACUAUCGUUCGUGCAGAUUUUUCGUUUCGUAAACAAUUAUUGUCACGCUCGUUAUAUCGUAACGAUUUAUUCCUUGUUCAAUUAAAUACAUUUUGAUUCUCUUUGAAACAACAACAAUGGCCGAAACUGUCGCAUCCGCUGCUGCAGCUGCCGCUGCUCAAGCACAACAACAAACUAAACCGAAAAAAGCUUCUGGAGCUAAAAAAUCUGCAAAGCCAAAAACGGCCGCAACUCAUCCACCAGUGGCUCAAAUGGUCAAAGCAGCUAUUGUAGCGUUGAAAGAACGUAAUGGUUCAUCAUUGCAAGCCAUCAAGAAAUACAUCCAAUCCAAUUAUAGUGUUGAUAUCGAACGCAUGUCACCGUUCAUUCGAAAACAUUUGAAAAGUGCCGUUGCAAAAGGCUUGUUGAUCCAAUCGAAAGGCAAAGGUGCUUCUGGUUCAUUCAAAUUGAACAAAGGUGAAAAGAAAGAAGCUAAAGCCAAAAAACCGAAAACUGUCAAAGCAGCCAAAACGGUGAAAAAAGAAAAACCUGCUGGCGUGAAAAAAGCUAAACCAUCAUCGAAACCUAAAUCGGCUGCCGUUACGGCUACUGCUACCACUGUUGCUGGAACCAAAAAGGUAAAACCAUCGAAACCAGCUAAAUCACCGGCAAAAGAAGGACAGGAAAAGAAAGCCAAGAUUGAAAAGAAACGUAAAGCACCAAAAUCACCGAAAAAACCAAUGGUUAAAUCAACAACAUCGGCUCCGGCUAAAAAAGCUAAACCAGCAAAAUCGCCAUCAAAAAAAGCAGCAGCAGCUAAAAAACCGUCGACAACGAAAAAAGCAGCCGCUGGUGGAACAAAGAAGUGAUCGGAUUGAAUUGAAAUUUUUUUUUUUUUCAUAUAUAACCAAUAUAAUCGAAAUAUAUCGAAACAUUUCUCAUCCAUGACAUGAACAUUUAAUGAUAGUACCUCUCUGAUUGUAUAUCAUUCUCAUAUUCUCAUAUGAUUGUUUAUUAUUACAUUUUUUCGCUUGUAUAGUUUUACAUCAAACAUUCAUACACAUGAUACAUAUUUGCAAACAAAAACCAAAUUCAUGAUUGAUUAUUCUUUGACCGUGAAUAAAUUUGUUUCAUUCAUCAUAA